GCCGGCUUUCAAGGCUGCUAGGAGCCGUGGGCAGAGCGCUGCGAGUGGGCGAUCGGGAUGCUAGGUCUCGGCCGGGCAGUCUCCGCCUGCUUCGCUGGUCUUCCGCUGUCCUCGCGUCGGAGUUGCAGUCCCAGCGAGCAGUCAACGACCCAGGAGCUGCGGCCCCGGAAUUCGCGCGCUGCACAUGGAUGAGCCCCGGGACUCCGAGGCCGCAAGUGCCCCAGGAGGUGAUGGCCCCGCAGAAAGUGCAAGAGAGACACCCAACCGGCAUUCGAGAGAACAGCUUUUUGUACUGAUAUCCGCAGCUUCCAUUAACUUAGGCUCUAUGAUGUUUUAUUCUAUCCUUGGACCCUUUUUCCCCAAGGAGGCUGAAAAGAAAGGAGCCAGCAAUACAGUUAUUGGUAUGAUCUUUGGAUGUUAUGCUUUGUUUGAACUGCUAGCCUCUUUGAUAUUUGGAAAAUAUCUUGUACAUAUUGGAGCAAAAUUUAUGUUUGUAGCAGGAAUGUUUGUCUCAGGAGGAGUUACAGUUCUCUUUGGUGUAUUAGACCAAGCUCCAGAAGGACCAAUAUUUAUUGCUCUGUGUUUUCUAGUAAGAAUAACAGAUGCAAUAAGCUUUGCUGCAGCAGUAACUGCAUCUUCUUCUAUCCUUACAAAGACUUUCCCAAAUAAUAUAGCUACAGUAAUGGGAAGUCUUGAGAUUUUUUCUGGACUGGGACUAGUGUUAGGGCCUCCAUUAGGUGGCUUCUUGUAUCAGUCCUUUGGCUAUGAGGUGCCUUUUAUUUUUCUGGGAUGCAUAAUUUUGCUGAUGGUGCCACUCAACAUGUACAUUUUACCUAAUUAUGUGGCUGAUCCAGGUGAACACUCAUUCUGGAAACUCAUCAGUUUACCCAAGGUGGCCCUCAUAUCCUUCAUGAUCAACUCAUCCAGCGCAGGUUUUGGCUUCCUUGAUCCUACUCUGUCUCUGUUUGUUAUGAAGAAGUUUAGUUUACCAGCUGGAUAUGUGGGAUUGGUAUUCCUGGGUUUGGCACUAUCCUACACCAUUUCUUCACCGCUCUUUGGUCUACUAAGCGAUAAAAUGCCACAUCUAAGGAAAUGGAUUCUGGUUUCUGGAAACUUAAUCACAGCAGGGUGCUACAUGCUGUUAGGACCUGUCCCAAUCUUGCACAUUAAAAGUCAGCUGUGGCUCCUGGUGCUGGUAUUGGUCAUAAUUGGCAUCUCGGCUGGAAUGAGUAUAAUUCCAGCUUUCCCGGAGAUCCUCAAUUGUGCCUACGAAAAUGGGUUUGAAGAAGGCCUGAGUACACUGGCGCUCGUGUCAGGCUUCUUCGGUGCCAUGUGGUCAGUUGGUGCCUUUGUAGGACCAACACUAGGUGGAUUCCUCUAUGAGAAAAUUGGUUUCGAAUGGGCUGCAGCUGUGCAAGGUCUGUGGGCUCUGACAAGUGGAUUAGUGAUGGGCUGGUUUUAUCUGUUGGAGUACUCAAGAAGAAGAAGAAGAUCAAAACUUCAAAAUAUCCUUGGUACAGAGGAAGAAAGAAGCACUCUUUUGCCUGAUGAAAACCAGCCUUGAGAAUCUCAGAUGGACACAAGGUUGGCAAAUGGAUGCUUCUGGCCUUGAACGUUAAAGUUGGAAAGUCUGAAAAGUUUUCUUAAUUUUACGCACAGAACUCUUUGAAUACCACACUAGCAUGCUGGAAGUGAACACGUGUUUUUGGAAGAUGACCCAUGAUGGGCUACAAGUUACUGUUGUCCUUCAAAGCUGGCCUGCAGAACCAGCCCCAUUUCAAGCAUUAUGUAUGAAAAGACUAGUUGAAAAUCAACAAAACUUUGAGUUUUUAAGGGACCAAAUUUAGGCUCAAAGAUGUUUUUUGACCCUAGGUCUCCUGUUUUCCUCUGUUUACUUUUUAUUCUAAAUGCACUGAUUCUGUGAAUGUACCUUUUUGUAUUACAAGGAAACAAAUGAAUGAUGUGCUUAAGGGAAAGAGUUGACAUGCUUAAAGAUAGUAUAAAUAGCUCAACAUAUGUAAAAUAAUUACUAUGAAGUCAGUUUUUAAAAGAUAGGCUUUAUCUGUGUCCUGAGAUUUUUGUCCUUGUUCAAAGGCAAAGUUCCUGCCUACCAUGCAAAAGACACUAACAUUCCCUGGCCCUUAGCUCUUGUAAAAAUUUUG